UUAUCUGCAAUGCAGAAUUAAACAAUGCUAGCAGUGUGCUAUUUGAAGCUCGAACGCUUGGGUGCAGUAUUGUCACACGAGGGUCUUCACUGCCCGACAAUUACCGGAGACGGAGAAGAAGAAGCCGCGUGUGGAAUACAAAGUCGUCGGAGACGUCUCAGGAUCACCAUGGUCCUCAGAGAGGUUCCUGUGGAAAGCGUGGCUCGCCCUUUGGGGCGCAACGAAGUCAUUGGCCUCCUUUUCCGUCUAACGGUUUUUGGGGCUGUCACCUACUUCACCAUCAAGUGGAUGAUUGAUGCCAUUGACCCAACCAGGAAGCAGAAAGUGGAGGCUCAAAGACAGGCUGAGAAGUUGAUGCGUCAAAUCGGAGUGAAGAACGUCAAGUUGUCAGAGUAUGAAAUGAGCAUUGCCGCCCACCUGGUCGAUCCACUCUCUAUGCAGGUUGCCUGGACAGAUAUUGCGGGGCUGGAUGAUGUUAUCACAGAGUUAAAAGAGACCGUCGUCCUGCCAGUCCAGAAGAGGCAUCUUUUCCGAGGGUCCCGUCUCCUACAGCCCCCAAGAGGUGUGCUGCUGUAUGGUCCUCCGGGCUGUGGCAAGACUCUGAUUGCCAAGGCAACAGCAAAAGAGGCAGGGUUUCGCUUCAUCAACCUUCAACCCAGCACUUUGACGGAUAAGUGGUACGGCGAAUCACAGAAGCUCACAAAUGCUGUCUUCUCAUUGGCUGUCAAGCUGCAGCCAUCGAUCAUCUUCAUCGAUGAAAUAGACUCAUUCCUCAGGAGCCGCUCCAGUACUGACCAUGAAGCAACCGCAAUGAUGAAAGCUCAGUUUAUGAGUCUGUGGGAUGGAUUGGAUACCGACCACUACUGUCAGGUGAUCGUCAUGGGAGCGACAAACCGGCCACAAGAUCUGGAUUCUGCUAUUCUACGGAGGAUGCCAACCAGGUUCCACAUCAAUCAACCAGGUCUUCGUCAGAGGGAGGAAAUCCUUAAACUGAUACUGGAGGACGAGAACGUUGACUCGUCAGUUGACCUCAGCUACGUUGCCAAGGAGACGGAGGGAUUUUCGGGAAGUGACCUCAGAGAAAUGUGCCGGGACGCAGCCCUGUUGUGUGUCCGUGAUUUCGUCCACAUGCAGGAGGACAGUCCGUUGGAGGAGUCUGUGCGGCCGCUCUGUCAGUCCGAUCUCCAGAAGUCCAUCGACAAGAUGAGGAAGUCUAAGCAGGCUGGUGGCCAUGUUUCCCUGCUGCAUGCUGCCCUGGACUGAUCAUGGGAUGUUCCCUUUAAGUGCCACUGUGUGUAUGCAUGUGUGCCUGUUUGUGUCUGUCUCUCUGUCCAAUGUAAUGAGAAGAGAUGCUGCUAAAUCAUCUUGUUCAUGAUGCAAAUCAAUGUUAUUGUAAAUAAGGUUUUUAUCAAUAAAGGGGAGAUUGUGGAUUACUUGGAACACAGUCCUUGUAUUAUGGUUUCCAGUCAA